GUUGCUGGCGCUAAAAUUUUAGCGUCAUUUUCUACCAAAGUCGAUCUGCUCCUUCUCCGACUGCCACCACUAUCACACUACUGUGCGCAUCUUGGAAGUCGUCAAAACUUGAAGUGUAUCACACAGUAUUGCCAAUAGGUCGGAUGUGCAGAUGCGGGAGCCCCGUAUCCAAACUUUGAUAAGGAAACGGAACCAAGCUUUCACGUCAACAUGUCCAAUCAAGACGGUCUAGAAUGGGUAGAAGGCAAGUUCGGUCUCGAGCCACACUGGAUCAGAGAGCCUGACACCAACAUUGUCUCUCAAAUCGCACGCAAGAAUCUGAAUCUCAGCAGUGACGUCCCAGUCGAUGUCACUUUCCACUCCAAAGGCGCCUUCACCAAGCUCUACAAAAUCUCGACCCCGGAUAAACCAUACCUUCUACGCGUCUCCCUCCCCGUAGACCCACACCACAGGACAGAAAGCGCCGUGUCCACAAUCGCCUUCGUGCGGCAAAUCACAUCCAUCCCAGUGCCCCACAUCAUCGCCUACUCCUCCGACAACUUAAACGAACUAGGCUUCGAAUGGGUCCUCAUAGACAACAUACCCGGCACUACUCUGCACAAAGUAUGGAGAGGAAUGUCCUGGGACGCCAAAGAAGCGAUCGUCAAGCAGCUAGUCGAGCACCAGGCGCAACUCUUCGAACAUCGGUUCCAGAAAAUCGGGAAUAUUUUCCGCCAGGACGAUGGGUUCGUGGUGGACCGUAUGGUUACCACGAUAUUCUUCCAAGGCGAUCACCUCACGCACAACGCCGUUCGCGGACCGUUUACGUCGAGCUACGAGUGGCUGAAGGCACGGUUACAGCUCGUUCUUACUGAUCAGCAGCGCAUCCUAAGUACGUCGUGCGAUGAAGACGAGAUUGAGGAUGCAGAGUUUGCGCAUGGGUUGGCGAAGAAGUUGGUUGAGAUACUGCCGACCGUGUCCCUGCCUAACGUUAGCGCCAGUGAACCGACUGUUCUCUUCCAUGAUAAUCUGUUGAUGCAUAACAUCAUGGUCGAUGACGAGGGGAAGCUACUAGCGAUCAUGGACUGGGAGUGUAUCUCAGCCGUGCCACUAUGGCGAGCUUGCCAGUUGCCUCAGCUGUUUGAUGAAUGGAUCCGGAGAGAGAAGCCCGAGAAAAACAACUAUGCACCAGACUCCGAUGAAGAAGACGAGGAUGACGAUGGACUCGACAACGAGGGUAUCAGUGAUCUGUACUGGGAACAUCUGCUGGAGUACGAGAUGUGGCAGUUGCGUAAGCUCUUCGUGGAGGAGAUGGAGAAGUCAAGUCCAGCUUGGAUCGCAGUGACACAGCAGGGCAUACUGAAAGUCGACUUCGAGAGAGCGGUGCAGGACUGUGACAACGGGUGGAGGAACAGGGUUGUCAAACGAUGGGUAGACUCAUUGGCAGAGGGCGAGCCUAAGAGCCUAACACAUAUGCUAUACUCCUACUCUGAGAGUAAUUAAGCAAGCCAGACGAGCAUGGACUUGGAGGAGGCUUGAUUGGGCUCUUGAAGUCAUUGCCUGCGUCCAGACUUCUGGCAGCGCAGGAGGCAUGUAAAUACGAGCACUACCAGAUAUCAAUGAUCUCCAUCUACAUGGGUCAUGGCGCUACAUCAAACCAACA